UAAUCCAAAACAAAUGAAAUUUUUUCGAUAAAAGCUCGCAUGCGCAAAUUAUCUUUGAAAAUACGCGCGCCGUGAACUUACAGUUCAAUACGCACGACAAAUUUUCACAUUCACAACACGAUAUUGUACCACUACUACGCGAAAUACUAUCCUCAUUCACCAGUUUACGUGGUAUAAACAUACAAAUUGCAUUUAUUCUUAAAAAUUGUAGUCGAGAGUUUACCGUUGCAUAAGAAACAACGAAGAAAUUGGUGAAACGUAACUUGGUGUUAUUGUAGUUGUAUUAUAUUAGCGAGACGUGUAGAUCCGGUAAACCCAAGACAUGAACUAAAGAACACACAACUGGGUCAGAUAUAUUUUUAAUAAAUAUGUCUCUAAAGAAAGAAUCUUUAUCAGAUGUACAGUUGCACUUGGCCGCGCUCAAUGGAGACAUUUCGUUACUUAGAAAAAUUUUAGAUAGUGGAAAAGUCCACGUGGAUUCCAGAGAUAAGGAUGGAACGACACCGUUGAUAUUAGCGGCUGCCAAUGGACAUUACGAAUGCGUAAAAGAGCUUAUAGAACAGGGAGCGGAUCCAAAAUCAAAAAGAAUAACAGGCACAACUCCAUUAUUUUUCGCAGCUCAAGGAGGAUUUCUGGAUAUUGUCCAAUAUCUAUUGGAUAAAGGAGCUCCAGUAGACUCUUUAAGCGUAGAUGGCGGUAGUCCCUUAUUUGUAGCUUGUCAAUGCGGUCACAUAGACGUAGUUAAAGAAUUGAUCAAUAGAGGGGCCCAAGUUAAUACUCAUAUGAAGGAUAAAGCAAGUCCCCUUUUCAUAGCUGCUCAAAACGGUCAUUAUAAAAUAUUAGUAUUUUUAUUGGCGCAAGGAGCCGAAAUCGAUUCGAGACGAACGGACGGGGCGACCCCAUUGUGGAUAGCGGCGCAAAUGGGACACGAUCACAUAGUAGCGCAGCUUUUGAGGGCCGGUUCAAAAGUUGACGCUGCCAGGCAUGAUGGAGCAACGCCUCUUUUCAAAGCAUCGCACAAAGGUCAUUCGGCAGUAGUAGGUGAAUUAUUAAAAUACAAACCUUCCUUAGAUGUCCUACCAAACGGAGAAACGGCCUUACACGCGGCCGCUUUUUCAGGUAGCCUUCCUGUUUGUAAACAGCUAAUAGCUGCCGGAGCUAAUCCUUGUCAGAAAAAUCAAGAGAAUCAUACUCCUGCAGAAAUAGCCUUGAAGCACAGAUACAACGGUGUUGCCGAUUAUUUGAGAAAUUGUGAAAAUCGUGGCCACACUAAGAAAUAACAGUUACGUCUUGUCGUUUUUUGUUUAAUAUGCAUGGGUCAUUAAGCCCCCGGACUAAUAAUUAAAAAAUAGCACUGCAGUGCCAUCUUUGUGUCGGUGCUGGGAGUUGAUGAUCCAUGUUAUACGUCAGGGAAAAUAUUUUUAGGAGAAAAUGUUCAUUUUUUGAUGUGACUGUACUUAAGACUUAGUCAUCGUGCCUUCCCCAUACUAAUAUCAGUAUUAACAAAUAAUUUCAUGCACUCUCAUAAAAUUUAUAUAGCGGUGUUGCCGGACUUUUUUUAUAAAUAGUAUAGUAGUAUGAAUAUAGGAUUUUUUAUUCGGAAGGAUACAAAGAUUGAGAUGUUGCCAGAUGUAAUAUUUCGUAGAAUUACGGGAAAAAUUUUGCAAAUUUUCCACGUUUGGACAAUUUAUAGAUUUUUUAAUCAAAUGCACAAAUAUAUCAUGAUGUUGCCGUUACCGUUGUAGUGCUUCUUUCAAAGAUCCGAAGAAAUAUCCAAAUAAUAUAAACUUUGCGAUGUUGCCAAAUGGAAUUUUUCAUAUUAUAUGGUGAAAAAUUGAAAUACUGUUAAAACUGAUGCAAUGUAUAGAUCGCGGUGUUGCCGGACGUACUUUUUCAUAAUAUAUUCGGAAAUCUAGAAUUCAUCGUGCAAAAAUGUAUAGGAAUUGCGGUGUUGCCAGACGUACAUUUUCCUUAGAUCUGUUAAAAUUUGUGAAUAGCUAUAUAGAUGUAUACGUAUAUUGAUUGCGAUGUUGCCAGACGUAAUAUUUCGUAUAAUUAUGUGAAAAUUGGAAAAUUUUAAGCAAUCUUUUGAGAAUUUUCUACUUUUUGGAAAAUUUGAAGAUUUUUUAAUCAGAUGCAAAGAUGUAUCACUAUGUUGCCGUUGGAGUACAUCUUUCUACGAUCUGAAGAAAUCUCAAUAUACUAUAAAUAUUGCGGUGUUGCCAAAUGUAAUUUUUCAUAUAAUCUGGACAAAAAUUGAAAUAUUAUUAAACUGAUUCCAUACAUAGAUCGCGGUGUUGCCGGACGUACUUUUUUAUGAUAUAUUCGGAAAUCUAGAAACCUCGUACAGAAAUAUAUAGGAGUUGCGGUGUUGCCAAACGUAUUUUUUUCUUUAUAUCUGAAGAAAUAUGUGAAUCGCUAUACAGAUGUAUAUAAAGAUUACUGUAUUGCCAGGCGUAAUAUUUCGUAUAAUUAUAAAAAAAUUUUGCGAAAUUUUCUCAUUAUUUUCUACUUUUUGGAGGAUUUACAGAUUUUUUACACAUAUGUGCAGACAUAUCACGGUUUUGCCAAACGUACUUUUUUCUAGGAUCUGAAGAAAUCUAAAAAUAAUAUAAACAUUGCGAUGCUGCCAAAUGUAACUUUUCAGAUGAUCUGGAGAAAAAUUGCAAUAUUUAACUGAUUUCAUACAAAGAUCGCGGUGUUGCCGGACGUACUUUUUCAUAAUAUAUUCGGAAAUCUAGAAAUCAUCAUACGAAAAUAAAUAGGAAUUGUGGUGUUGCUGAACGUAAUUUUUUGUAUAAUCUAAGAAAUUAUCUACUAUUAUCCUCGAUUUGUACCGUUGCCAAAUGUAACUUUUUUCAGAUCUAGGGAAAGUUAGAGACAGCCGUAUAAAUAGAGGUUCCGAUAUUGCCAAACUCCCAUUUUCUCCGAAUAUGGGGAAAUUAAAACAAAUGUGUACAAACAUAUAUAUACAUUGGGGUAUUGCCAAAUGUAUUUUUUAGGACAAAUCACGAGUAAAAAUAUGUUUAAACGCCACGUUGUCAAUUCCCAGUAUUAUUAUUGUUACUUUAUACAAUAUUCUUUCAUCCAUCCAGCUGUUUUUCAUCACGAAAAUUUAUAUAUUAAUACUUUUGACGUCACACUUUUUUUUCAGUUACUAAUACUACUUCGAAAUAAAUUUGUUAUGAACCUAUAUCUACAUAGGUUAAAUAUUUUUUUUGUUAUAUCCAUAAAAGUUGUUAGUUAUGUAAAUAUUUGAAUUAUUUUCGGUGCUGUUAUUUAUUAUGCUAAAUAGUUUUAUUAACGCAAUUUUGUAUUAAAAACGUUGUUUACUGACU